CCUGAAGUUAGAAAGGGAACUGAAACAAGCAACCGACAGAGAAAACGAGAUCGAACGAAGAGCAGCCAGGCUUGAAACGUUAGAGGCGGACAAAGUUGAGUUAGAGGGUUUGGAUGAGUCAGUUAUGUCUAACCAAAUGAAAGUCUUGAAGAACAAUAUGUUGUCGCUGCAUGCGCACGCGGACAGCCGAUGGACUUCAUGCAGAGCACCCUAGACCAUAUCCUGGACAUUUUGCAAAGGCCAGGAUUUCGGCCACCAGCAUUGUCGUCGUUGUCGUUAACGGCGAUGUCUGGCCCCUUUCCCGUACAAGCUGGCACACAACCAAGUGGCACGUCUGCAGCAGCUGCACAGACUGUUGAUUCUUCUUCUUCGGGUCCAGCGGUGGGUGCUACACCACCGCAACAACCUGUUCCUCAACAGGGACAGCCGCAUGGUCAAUGGUACCCUAAGACCCCAAUGAAACCGCCUCUUGCCUUCUCAGGCGAGAGGAAGGACGAAGAACUCAACACUUGGUUGAGAACAGUUCCGGUUUGGGUGAAGGCGAAGAGGACCUUGCCAGAGGACGAAGUGGUUACUGUUGCAUCUUACCUCGAGGGUAAGGCAGCCAAAUGGCUAGAUGGUAUAGUUGCAAAGGCCGGGUAUGGACGACGUAUGGCAGACUGGGCUCGGUCUAUUACGUUAGACCAGUUCUUUGAGAUGGUAGAAGCUCGCUGGCACAAUCCUCAGCAGGCACAAAUAGCCACUGAUGCGAUAAACAGACUAGAUCAAAGAAAGUUUAAGUCAUUCAGAGAGCUUACGACUACCAUAAAGAGCCUCAUCGUCGUUCCAGGCAUCAACUACAGUGACCAGUUCCUAUUGACUACGUUUGUUAGAUGUCUUCCAGAGAACCUCAGGAACUUGCUGGUCAGCGAGGCUCGCCUCGAGUACCAUUCGUUUGAGACAUUGUCUAGAAAAACCUUAGACUUAGAGGCUACACUAGGAAAUGCUCAACCCUCUCAGAAUGAUGCGAGGAAGAAGAAGAGUCCGCAGGAAUGGAAGAAGAAGGGGGCGAAGUUGAUGAUGGUUGAGUCCGAUGGGACUCAAACAGAAAUUGAUGAGCUCACAGACCUGCUGGACGGUUCAGAGUAUGACGGCGAGGAGAUCGCUGAGGGUAGCACCCUCGCCGCAAUAAUCAAGGCUAAGGCGGGUGGCCGAGGGAAGGGCCAUCCAAAGAGUCAAGGGAAGGCCGCCUCCAAUCAGACCAAAGUGGCUGAUUGGGUUAAGGCAGGUCUUGAUCAAGACGUGUGGCGGGACCGCCGAGUGCGUGGCGCUUGUAUAAACUAUGGUGAAUACGGACACACCCAGUACAAGUGCCAGAACGCAAAGCACACCAUGAAUUGGAUCUUCCAUGACCACUUAGAUAAGUUUGUCGUGGUUUGCCUUGAUGACAUUCUGAUCAUUAGUAAGUCUAUCGAGGAGCAUGCACAACACAUUGAGAUUGUACUUUCACUCCUGCGACAACACAAGUACAAGGUCAACCUUGAGAAGUGUGAGUUUGGUCGCACUAAGAUAUUAUACUUGGGUCAUGAAGUAUCCGCGGAAGGGAUUAGGUCGGAAGAUGCGAAGGUGGCUAGUAUUCGAGACUGGCCACGACCUCAGACUGUCACUGAGGUCAGAUCUUUCUUAGGAAUGUGCGGCUACUAUAGGAACUUCGUAAAGAACUAUUCUACAGUCGCCUCUCCUUUGACGGAUCUAACUCGACUUGACACGCCGUGGGACUGGAGUGAUGAGUGCGAGGGUGCUUUCAAGCGAUUGAAGCAUGCACUCAUGAAUCAUGAAGUUCUCAUGGUUCCCGAUCCUCAGAAGCCAUUUAUAGUGACCACUGACGCAAGCCAAUAUGAUAUUGGCGCAGUGCUGGCUCAGUAGGAUGGGAAGAAGUUGAGACCGAUUGAGUACAUGAGCAAGAAGAUGCCGUCGAAGAAAUUGGCAAAGCCCACCUACGAAAGGGAAUCCUAUGCUCUCUACAAGGCACUUGUCCAUUGGAGACACUUCCUAUUGGGAAGGUUCUUCUACUUGAGGACUGAUUAUCAGACCCUCAAAUGGAUCAAGACUCAACCGACUCUUUCUGACGCACUCAAGCGAUGGAUUGAAGUCAUAGACCAAUAUGACUUCAAGCUUGAGUAUCUGAAGGGAGAGUACAACAAGGUUGCAGAUGCGCUAUCACGUAGGGCAGACUACCUAGGUGCGCUAGUUUCUGACUUUAGUGUAUCUGAAGAAGUAACUCAAUCAUUGGUGGGAGCCUAUCAGGAAGACCCUGUUACGAUGGACAUCAUGCGCAAACUUCAGGCAAAAGACAAGGCCACGGAAAGUGAGUUUGUGAUGGUGGACAGGCUACUCUAUCUUGAUAAAGCCGGUGUUAAAAG